AUGCGCCGCGGCGUGCCUAUUUGGUUGCGUAAAGUAGUAUACGGUUCGCUCGCCCUCGAGUUGGACGUGCUCACUCGCGCUAUGAACGACGCUCGACGAUCCCGUGCGAUAACGAUAGAAACACAAAUGGUUAAAAAGAUAAUUGUCGUCGGAAUACGUCACUAUGAGGAUCCGUUCUAUAAGUGCUACGAUAAUAAAUAUAGGCAUGUGACGGGCGGUAACGGGCCGCCGGCGGGAUGCGGCCACCAAAGAAACAGAUCCCUGGAUUCUGUUCUACAACGGAUACCGGAGGACAUGACGCCGACGUCGCCGGAGGGCGCGCCGCUCCGCCUGCCGGGAGACGCACCCGCGCCCAGGCUCGCUCUCCCUCCGGAAAUUCCCGCCGGGUCCGACGACUCCGGGAUCCACACUCCGCCGGACGCGAACGACGAAGAGAGACCCACCCCCGCCGCGGCCAGAUCGAGGGAGAGCCUCGACUCCGGCAAUCCAGAGGACACCGAAAAACCGCCAGACCCUCCCGACGCGCCCGUCGAGACGGCGACGGCGAUCGUCUCUGCGGUCGAUACGGCCAACAACAAAGACUUUCUGCUGCGCCUCUUCGAGAGUAAACUCUUCGACAUGAGCAUGGCCAUCUCGUACCUCUUCUACUCGAAGGAGCCCGGCGUGCAGACCUACCUGGCUAACAAGCUAUUCUCCUUCGCGCACGAGGACGUCGACUUUUACCUGCCCCAAUUGGCGACCAUGUACAUAGAGCUGGGGGAGGUCGCCGAAGUUUUGCGUCCGUAUUUAGUGUAUCGGUGUAAACAGAGCGCCGACUUCUCGCUGCGGCUAGCGUGGCUACUGACGGCGUUCGGCGGCGACGUGAAGAGGUCGAGAGCGACCAAGUUGAGGGAUUCGAUCCUCGCAGAGGAGAUAAGACCGGCGGCGAGGAGAGGCCACCACCGGUCCCAGUCCGACGCCUCAGCUCUGCGGCUGGCCACGCCGUCCGGGAGGCAUUUGGGGGAUCUAGCGUCGGGGCGGGCGUUCGACAACGGCUGUCUUUGCGGGGAGCAAUGCUCGUGCGGCGCGCCGCGACUAGCUCCACAAACGCAGUUUCUCACUGCCCUCACGAAUAUUGGACGACGUCUGGCGAGUGUGGCAGACAAGGAGAGGAGAAAUGGACGUCUUCGCGCCGAGCUGGCGACCUUAGACUUGAACUUACCAGCAAGGGUCUGGUUGCCACUGCAUAAGAAACCCCACUGUGUGCUCAGAAUACCGCCGCACGCGGCUGCAGUGUUGAACAGCAAGGAUAAGGCUCCAUACAUAAUGUACGUAGAAGUACUCGAAACUGAGGGUCACGAGCCUUUGCCCCCUCGCUUGCUACCUCCUGCCCCUCCCGCGCCACACUCGCCCCCCAUUCGCCACACCAAGAGCGAAGAGAACCUGGUACCGGAGUGGCCAGCACUCUCCAUGUACUCGGCUAUGGAUGACGUCGACAACAGCGACUGUUGGAGCCAUGAUGAUGAGGAGCUAAGCACGCAGUAUCAACCCAGGCCACCGGCGCCCGAUAGUGUUUCUCAGCUGUCCGUGAUGUCUGUUACCUCGGUUCAAUCGACAUCAUCCUGCGGUUCCCGCGAGUCGAUGGCGGUAGGCGCGGGCGAAGUCCGACGCAGGUUGGCCGAAGCAACCGCGGCUCCACCACCUAACGCGUUCAAACACGACCCAGCCGACCCGUCAGCGGUGGCACUAAAGGAGUCUUGGGAAAGCAAAUUAGCCCGCAUGCGAUUGUCAUCGCCAUACGGAUAUUUAUCUGGGUGGAGGCUUCUCGGCUGCAUUGUUAAGGUGGGUGACGAUCUCCGGCAAGAGAUGUUAGCUGCCCAGCUGCUUCGGCGGUUGCAAACGGUGUGGGACCUUGAAAGGGUGCCGCUCACUCUGCGACCUUACGAGAUUAUCUGUCUUGACAAGGAGUCUGGACUCAUACAGCCGGUGCUGAACUCUGUAUCGCUGCACCAGAUUAAAAAGCAGUCGGGCAAAACUCUACGCGCUUGGCUCGAGUUGGAACACGGGCCUGCGACGAGCGAAGGGUUUUUGCUCGCGCAACGCAACUUUGUACAUUCCGCCGCUGCGUAUGCGUUAACCAGCUACCUUCUUCAGCUCAAGGACAGACACAAUGGAAAUAUUCUAUUGGACAGCGCAGGACACAUAAUUCAUAUAGAUUUCGGCUUUAUUUUCUCCAUCUCGCCGAAAAAUUUGGGAUUCGAGAGUUCACCAUUUAAGUUAACGCACGAAUUCGUCGAAGUGAUGGACGGCGAAAAUUCGGACAUGUUCGCCUAUUUCAAGAUUCUGAUUUUGCGCGGCUUGAUUGCGGCGCGGAAGCAUUGCGACCAGAUUAUACAUCUCGUUGACACUAUGCGAAUGGGUGGUCAACUAGCCUGCCUACGCAGCAGCAGCGCGGUAUCAAACUUCCGAUCGAGGUUCCACGUGGGUAGAACCGAACCACAAUUGAGGUCACUCGUCGACAGACUAGUUAGCGACGCCCUACAUUCACUAUCCACGCGAUUGUACGACAAUUACCAGUACUACACUAAUGGCAUACUUUAG